CACCAAAGAAGGUUAAACAAACAUAAAUGGUUGGAGAAGAGUUCUUGAGACUGUUCGAGCACAACUGGUCGGAGAAACCAAUUUUCAUGAAAGACAAAGAACCUUUGAAUCUCAACGAAGAAGAAGUUGGAGAGAAAGAAGAUGAAGCUGUGAAGAAAUUUCUUGUAAAGAGGGCUAUGAGUGAUGAGACGAUGAUGAUGAUGACGAGUUAUGUUUCUUCAUCAGAUGAUUUGUUCUCGUCUCCUAGAUCGGUCUUAACCGUUAAAGCAUCUCCGACCAAACUUCAGACGAUUCUCUCCGGGAAAGAAGUCAACGAGUUCUCAACUGCGGAAAGAGAAAGAACACUUUCUGAACAUUCAGAGAAAGAAGAACAGAGGAAGAAGAAGCAGAGAGAUGUAAGAAAAAGAACGAGAAAGGGAAAGAGUAUGUCGGAUUUGGAGUUCGAGGAGCUAAAAGGGUUUAUUGAUCUUGGUUUUGUCUUCUCCGAGGAAGACCAAAGAGAUUCAGAGCUUGUCUCUAUUCUUCCUGGAUUGCAGAGACUAGUGAAGAAAGAUGAUGGAGUAGGAGAGGUAACAGAGGAAGAAAAAGACAUAAGCAACGGAAACAGACCCUAUUUGUCGGAAGCGUGGGAUCAUUGUGGAGGGAGAAAAGGGAAGAGGAAUAUAUCGCCGGCGAUAAAGUGGAAAGUUCCAGCGGCGGCUCCGGAGGUGAAAGAAGUUGAGUUGAAAGAUCAGCUGAAACAGUGGGCUCAUGCGGUGGCUUCCACUAUCAGAUGAUGAUAAUAACACAAAGCUUGUAUUCUCAAUUUGUGGUCCUUUGACCUUUGUGUAUGUCAGCUUUUGAUUGGUGUGAGAAUAAAGAUGACUAUUCACAAAUUCAAUUAUAAGGUUUAGUAAUAAAAUAGUGGAGUAAUGGAGAUUGAUCCAUCAUCAAUCUAAGUUGUGCUAAAUCGUAACUAGUGGAGUGAAGUGUCUCUUCACGAGACAAAGUUAUGGCAGUCAAAUGAACAGCAUAACUAAAUUUAUCUUUUCAUAAACAAGAAAAUGAGAGAUUUGAUCGUCUUCACAUCUCCAAUUAAUCAUCAAAGAUGACCUUUUCCUCCCAAAUUGACUAGACUACACCAGUAUUUAGUUCUCUAGUUAAUGUGUUCUAAGUCCAAUUUCUUUAAUUUGACAGCUUAGUUCACUCUUCUUUUUUUUUUUUGGGUGUGCACGCUUAGUUCACUCUUUGUUUAAGGUUUGGUAGUAUUAAUUGAUGCUAAAGAAGCAGUCAGCCAUCCAUCUCCUAGAUGGGAUUUCUUGGGCGCAUUAUGUCUUUGGUUAUGUUCUACUCAAGUUAAAGACCAUUGUGGGAGCAUCCCUUUGUUUUUUAAUCUCUCAAAUAACAAAGAUAAAAGAGACACAAAGAAAAACCAAUAUUGGAUCAAUUACGCUAUUGAAAGACUAGUUUAGAAAACAACAAAAUAAUACCGUUUCAAAGAUUCACCAUACAGAAAUAGUUCAUAAAUCUUUUUUUUUUGUGAAAAUGAAACGCUGCAACAAGCUUU